UGUCUGCUCAAACGGUGAGUUGAGUGCAGCAGGCUGUCGGUGUCUGCGUUUGAACAGAGACGCUCAGUCAUUAGAGCUCUUAUCGUUCUUGUUAUUUCGUUUUUCUCAUCGUUCGAUCCGGAAUCAUGAAGCUAACGCGGCCUGAGCCUCUCCAGCUCCUGCAGUGAGGGAUGAGUGUUUCUGCAGCAGCGAGACUGAGUUCAAGCACCUGUUGAACAGGUGACCGGGGCGCGUGCACGUGCGGGCUCCACGUCGGUCAUGAACGUUUGAAUCCGCAUUUGAAGCGUCAUUUUGGGACUGUAGAUGGAGUCGAUCCGGACACCAGCGGGGAUUCUGGCGCUGCUUUUUCUGACAGCGUCAUGCGUUCAGGGGGACUUUGUGGAGCCUCUUGAAUCCGUCACCUUCUUGCGCUCCUUGACAGAAUCUCAGACCCGACUUCCAUGCCGUUAUAAAGAGGCAGAGGGGGAGAAAGUGGUGCAGGUUACCUGGCAGAAGGAGCUCCCAGGUGGCAGCAAGGAGCAGGUCAUUACAGCCCACUUCACUGAUGGCCACACAGAAUUUGGGCGUUACUCCGGCCGGGUGAAGUUUGAGAGCACCAACCCCACCGCCGACUCGACUCUGUUGAUCCCCAUCACCGAGGACUCGGAUGAGGGCAGCUACAUCUGCCACAUCUCCACCUUUCCCAAUGGAAACUUUGAGCGGCGCAUCGCGCUCACAGUCUGGACAUUACCCAUCUCCUCCCUGGAUGCGGUGACUCUGGUAGAGGGCCAGUCGUACGGUGUGGCCGCCUCUUGCAGAGCCGUGGGUCGCCCCGUCCCCCGGCUGUCUUGGGACACCGAAUUACCAGGCCAGUCCCAGAACUACACCAGUGAGGGUGGAUCUGUGUCCAGUCACUUCUCUCUGCACCCGCUGCGCUACAUGAAUGGGAAGAAGCUGGACUGCUUGGUGUGGCAUCCAGGCCUGGAGAAACCGCGGAGGAUCUCCAACAAAGUGGAGGUUCAGUACCCCCCAGAUGCCACCAUUUCCUCUUCCACCGACCAUUGGCAUGUGGGGUUGGAGAAAGCAGAGCUCACGUGCAAAGGUGGGGGGCUCCCCAUACCCCACAACAUCACCUGGAUAAGGAAAGGAGAGCAUCUUCCAGAUGGAGUGUCAGCGAUUGGGGGAAAGCUGGUGUUUGGGCGGGCCCUCCGUGCAAAUGACAGCGGCAUGUACGAGUGCAUCGUUAAAAAUACUAUCGGAGUGGGAAAGUUUGAGUAUUUGAUAGCAAUAACGGCAGAGCAAAAAGGACUCUUCCAGGACGUGGAGAAGGACAAACUGAUCCUGAUCAUUGUCGGUGCGGCUGCUGGAGUGGUGGUCCUGAUCCUGAUCGUUGUGGUGGUGCUGGUCAGCAGGAUGUACAAAAAGAGAACCAGACAUCUGAAGGAUCAAGUAGACAGCUUCUCAAGACAAGCUUCCAUGAGGAAAAUCAACUCGGAAGACUUUGACAUGAGAUCUGGGAAUGAUCUGACGGUCAGAACUCGGUCAAGGCACAGCCUGAUGUCUGCGGAUCACACUUACAAAGGCAGCCAGUCCACUCUGGGAGGGAAAUGGGCCCAUCCAGCCACGGAUGACCUAAACCGCCCCGUCGUCUGGGAAGACAGCCGUGAGUGCCUGAAAGCAGAGAGGGAGGAGCGCAAGAGGAGGACGGAGUCGUACGUGAAGUCCAGCAACAUGUCUCUGGACUCGGGCCUUCCUUCCUCUCUGGUUCCGGUGAAGCCCCAGCAGGAGGAGUACGUUGCACCUAAAGAGCCCGACCUGAACCAUCUCCAGGAGAGAGACUCUCCUCUAGAAGCCGACUGGGUUUCCUACAACUCUGCAGACGAUGAGGAAAGGAGCAACCAGUAUUUAUCAUCGAUGCUGACACAUUACUUUUAUGAAGAAAAUGGCAAGCUCAGGCCGAGGCCCAAUGGCAAAGCCAUCGUGGUGCACACGAGAGAGCAGAUCAUUUGAGUCUGACCUCCCACCACUCAUACUCACUCUGAACACAGUAAAACUUUUCAAAGACGCUACACAAGUGCAAGUUUCUGCAUAUUUGUUAAUGAGAUGUUUGGUUUAAUAAGUGGGCGGUGUUAUUUUGGGAUCUUUUUAAGGCCGUCAUGGCUGCCAGUGGGGAGGUGAUGGGGAAUUUGCAGACAAAUGAAGGGCUGCUCUUUAGUCAUUUAGUUUGGAACGUUCACCGAACGCAGAGGCUCCUAAAGACUGUCACCUCAGCGGCGAAAGGACUCCGAACCCUGUUACAAACUCUGCUGCAGAUGUGGGUGAACACAUGAACUGCUUACCUUUGGUAACGUCUCAGUUCAGGACACUCAGGUGUUGUGCACCGUUUACAGAGAACACCCAGACCGAAACACUUCCUUCAAGGAUCGUCCUGUGGACUAAAACACUUCUUUUUAUUUGAAUGCACUAAAUGGGAAGGUUAAUAUUUGUUUGGAACUACUGGAAGGUCAGAACCCUGCAGUGUUGGAAGGAUGCUGUCAACCAGCUGGAUGAAAUGCAACAAAGAGUCUGCUUUUUGAGUUGUUUGAAGAAAGAAAAUUACUGGAUCUUAAAUGAGAUGAACACGAGAGGUGGCAUUAAUGUGCUGAUAUUUAUAACUACGUUAAAAAAGGGGGGUGUUCUUUCUACGAUUGUUUAAUAUCUUCAUGAAGUGUUCAUUCAUCAUGACACUGGAUGAACUGUGAAAGCUUCUUUUUAUGAAGCACUGUCAGGAGUUUGUUUUUCUAUGUCUUUUCUUUAAAACUCCUAAAGUGAGUAAUGUUUAUUUUAUAAAAGCACAAACUGCCAUCAUGAAAA